UGUUUCUGUUUGGUCUGAUCGAGGAAGUAAAUUUAGCUGCUGAAAAUCGUUUUCUGUUCUAAACCCUAAAGAACCAGAAGAGGAGAAUCCAGCUGUGUAAAAGCAGACACGGUGUACACCGGGACCCUGAAGCGUGAUGGAGGGAUAUCUCGUGUAUUUCUCGGCUGAAACCUGGACUCUCCUGCUGCUCCUCAUCAGUCUCGUGGUGGUGUAUGGAUACUGGCCCUAUGGACUCUUCAGGAAGUUAGGAAUCCCCGGCCCUAAGCCUCUUCCCUUCGUCGGGACCCUGUUGGAGUACAAGAAGCCGAUACAUGAGUUUGACGUGGAGUGUUUUAGGAAGUAUGGGAGAGUUUGGGGAAUAUACGACGGCAGGUCUCCUGUACUUUGUAUCACGGAUAAAACCGUCAUCAAAUCUGUCCUUGUGAAGGAGUGUUACACCUUGUUCACCAACAGGAGGGACUUCGGUUUGAACGGCGAUCUGUACAACGCUGUGUUCCUGAGCAAAGACGAGGACUGGAAGAGGAUCAGGAGCGUCCUGUCUCCGUCGUUUACCAGCGGCCGACUGAAGGAGAUGUUUUGGAUCAUGAAGACCCACGCAGACACUAUGGUCAAAAAUCUAAAGAAGACAGCAAAGCAAGCUGGUAGAGUUGAUGUCAAAGAGCUGUUCGGAGCGUACAUGAUGGAUGUGAUCACCGGCUCGGCCUUCAGCGUGGACAUCGACUCCCUCAACAACCCCAACGACCCGUUCGUGACCAACGUCAAGAAACUAGUGGAGUUUGAUUUCUUCAAUCCUCUGCUCUUCAUUGCAGCGCUGUUCCCCUUCAUGCUGCCAUUGCUGGAGAAACUGAACUUCAGCGUUUUCCCCAAAUCGACGGUUGAAUUCUUCUUUGCAUCGCUGAAGAAGAUCAAAGUGGAUCGACAGGAUGAGAACUACAAGAGGAGAGUGGACCUCCUGCAGCUGAUGAUGGACUCUCAGACCUCACCGAUGGAGGGCGACCAGAAUGGAGACCAGAUGAGUAAAGGUCUGAGCGAUCACGAGAUCCUCUGCCAGUCCGUGAUCUUCAUCUUCGCCGGUUAUGAGACGAGCAGCAGCACUCUGGCGUUCUUCUUCUACAACAUAGCCACCAAUCCUGACGCCAUGAGGAAACUUCAGGAGGAGAUCGACCACACCUUCCCCAACCAGGCUCCAGCUGAGUACGACCUGGUGAUGAACAUGGACUACCUGGACGCCGCUCUGAGGGAGUCGCUCCGGUUAUACCCGGUCGCUGGUCGGACAGACCGAAUCUGCAAGAAAACCGUAGAGAUCAACGGUAUCAAAAUCCCCAAAGAUGUAAUCGUCAUGGUGCCCAUUUACGCCCUCCACAGGGAUCCUGAAUACUGGACGGACCCGGACACCUUCAACCCCGAGAGGUUCACCGAGGACAACAAGGAGGACGUCGACCCCUACGUGUACAUGCCUUUUGGCGCAGGACCCAGGAACUGCAUCGGGAUGAGGUUCGCCCUGGUGGUCAUGAAGCUGGCCAUCGUGGAGAUCCUGCAGAGAUUCGACAUCCGCCUCUGUGAGGAGACCAAGGUUCCGUUGGAAAUGGGCGCCAACCCUUUCAUGUGUCCCAAAGACCCCAUCAAACUCGAGUUCACUCCUCGAUGAGACGGAGCCUCCGACACCCACCAGCACCUGAUGAUUUAACGUUUUCAAAAUUCACUUUAAUUCUGACCUGGGAUUUGCUCUCGGGCUGGCGGGUGGGUGUUCGGGCGGGCGGCUGUACGGUGGGAGUGGCUUGAGGGGAUUCUGCAUCACUGCUGGCUGAUGGACGGACGGGGGGUAAUGGAUGUCGGUGCGUGACUUCUGUGUUAACCCGCCCGGUGCAGGGGAAAAGAAGUGCUCGGUCCUGCACACGUCGGAGGGGGCGUGUUAGUUAUAUAUAAUAAAUACAUACCACCAA